AUGGCAUUACAAGAAGUUCUUCCUUACAAUCCGUUUUUGAAAACCCCAAUGGAUCCUGAUGAAGAGAUUGUUAUAUCUGGUAUUUCUGGAAGAUUUCCAGAGUCUGAUAAUUUGCACCAAUUUCGAGAAAAUCUUAUGAACAAAGUUGAUCUGAUCACUGAUGAUUCUCGUCGCUGGAUAUUAGAUCACCCGGAAAUUCCCCAAGCGACUGGAAAAGUAAAUUAUAUUGAGAAGUUUGACGCAGCUUUUUUCGGUUAUGACUUUAAGGAAGCCCACACAAUGGAUCCCCAGGGUAGAAUGUUGAUGGAGCACGCUUAUGAAGCUAUCGUUGAUGCUGGAGUCAAUCCCAAGAACUUGAGAGGCACUAACACUGGGGUGUUCGUGGGGGCAUGUUGCGCAGAGUCUGAGAUCGUUUGGAUUUACCAAAAACUUCAGAAAGAUGGGUAUGGUGUUACUGGAUCGUGCCGGGCUAUGCUAGCGAAUCGAUUGAGUCAAUGGCUGGGAGUAAAAGGACCAAGUUACACUGUCGAUUCUGCCUGCAGUUCGAGUCUCUUCGCCAUGGAGCAUGCAUACAGAGCCCUCCGGACUGGUCUGUGUGAUUAUGCUCUCGUUGGUGGCACCAAUCUUUGUCUUCACCCCUAUGUGUCAUUUCAAUUUUCGCGUUUAGGUGUUUUGUCUCGUGACGGUCGAUCGAAACCGUUUGAUAACAGCGCGAAUGGUUAUGCGAGGGGUGAGACUAUAAGCGUCGUUUUUCUUCAGAAAGCCAAGGAUGCAAAGCGUAUUUAUGCAAACAUGAUUCAUGCAAAAACGAAUUGCGACGGUUUUAAACCACAGGGAAUUACGUUCCCAUCGAGUCAGAUUCAGAGUGUUCUCCUGAAGGAUUUCUAUGAAGAGUGCAAAGUAUCACCAUCUUCAUUGGCAUAUCUUGAGGCUCAUGGUACUGGUACGAAGGUGGGAGACCCUGAGGAGCUGAAUGCAAUUGAAGCCAUCUUCUGUCCUGGUAGAAAAGAACCACUGAAAAUUGGCUCAGUUAAAUCUAACAUUGGGCAUGCUGAGCCGGCUAGUGGGAUGGGUCAAAUUGCUAAAGUUGUUAUUGCCAAUGAAACUGGCAUUAUUCCACCGAAUUUACAUUAUAAGGAGCCACGUGAGGGUGUCAAAGCGCUUGCAGAUGGAAAACUAAAGGUUGUUAUUGAACCAACGCCUUGGAGUGGAGGAUACGUUGGUAUUAGUUCGUUUGGCUUCGGUGGUGCCAAUGCCCAUGUUUUGCUCAAGUCGAAUCCUAAGGAGAAGAUCAAUGGUGGUGCACCUCAGGAUGAUCUGCCGAGGCUCGUUAUUGCUUCCGGAAGGACUGAGGAUGCUGUUGAAACCAUUUUGGCAGAUGUCGAAAACCGUCCUGUUGACAUCGAGUACGUUCGCUUGUUACACGAUCUCCACGCAGAGAACCUUGCAGGUCACCCUUAUCGAGGCUACACGAUUCUCGGUGGCUCAAGACUCGGAAAUAAGCUUCGAGAAAUCAAGCACUAUCCAGGAACCACAUCGCCAGUUUGGUUCGUCUUCUCGGGAUUGGAGUCCCAGUGGCCAGCGAUAGGGCCGUCUCUUUUCCAAUUCUCAGUCUUCACAAAUGCCAUAACCAAAUGUGAUUCAAUUCUCAAACUUUAUGGAGUUGACAUCCUCAGUAUCCUGACCAGUACUACCGGAUUGACUUGCGAUAACAUCUUGAAUUUCUUCGUUGCAAUAUCUGCUAUUCAAAUAGGUUUUGUUGACCUUCUAACAUCUUUAAAUAUAAUUCCUGACGGUAUUAUUGGACACUCGUUUGGAGAACUGAACUGUGCCUAUGCAGAUGGUUCCCUGACACUAGAGCAAACGAUUCUGGGAGUAUAUUCCUUAGCUCUAGUUUUAUCAGGAACGAGCACAAUUAGCGGUUCAAUGGCAAUAGUCAAUCUUGGUUACCGAGAGCUUAAGAAUCUCUGUCCAUCAGACAUCGAAGUCGUCUGGCACAACAGUCCUGAAAGGUCUACUCUGAGUGGUCCUGCAGAGUCGAUAAAAGUCUUUGUCGCUCAUCUUAACUUAAACAACAUCCGUGCUGAAGAAAUUCCCUGCGGCAAUAUCGCUUAUCAUAGCAGGCACAUUGCAGGUAUUAGAUCGAGGCUCUUUGCGCACCUGCAGAAAAUUAUUCCAGAGCCUAAACCUAGGAGUUCGAAAUGGUGCAGCACAUCUGUACCUCAAUUCCAAUGGGAUUCGCGGCAGGCCAGACUGUCUUCCGCUGAAUAUCAUACAAAUAGCUUUCUCUCGUAUGUACUUUUCGAGGAGACGUCUGCAUUAAUUCCUGAAGAUGCUGUCAUCAUCGAAAUUGGACCGCAUGGGCUCUUCCAAGAUGCUCUGAAGAGAUCUGUUAUUUCCGAAACCAUCCCUCUCACUCAAAGUGGAUAUGAAAACAGUGCUGAAGCCAUCUUACAGGCAAUUGGAAAGCUGUAUGAUGUUGGACGACAACCGCAAAUUUGGAAGCUUUACCCUGAAAUCAAAUUUCCAGUGUCCAGAGGGACUCCUAUGUUAUCUCCUCUCAUUAAGUGGGAUCAUUCGGAGAACUGGUACGUUACAUCCUACCAGGAACAAGAGACGAUCACCUCUGGAGAAAGAACCGUGGAGUUGACACUCUCAGAUGAGGAUUAUGAGUACAUGGGAGGGCAUGUUAUCGAUGGACGAAAUCUUCUACCUGCCACAGGGUACUUGACGCUCAUCUGGGAAACUGUGGGGAUGUUGAGGGGGAAAUUGUAUACAGAGGUUCCGAUUAUUUUCGAAGAUGUUAAUUUCUUGAGAGCUACCACGGUUUCUAAAGAACCCGUGAAGAUUACUCUUAUGAUCCAGAAAGGAACAGGGAGAUUUGAAGUAAUCGAAGGUGGCGUAGCAGUGGUCAUUGGAGUUGUGCGUUCUACAGUAGAUGCCCAAUCGGAGCAACUGAAAAUACCCAUUCCAAAUGAAGAUCAACCUGAAGAGCUGGAAACUAAGGACGUAUACAAGGAGUUCAGAUUACGUGGAUACCAGUACUCUGGACUAUUCAGAGCUAUUAAGAGUGCCACGUUGGAUGGUACCAAAGGGACAAUCCGUUGGAAUAGCAACUGGGUGGCGUUCAUGGACAACAUGCUACAGAUGAUGCUUCUGGGGCUCGACACAAGAAAUCUGCUGGUGCCUACGAAAAUUCAGAAACUCGUGAUUGAUACGAAGGAACAUUCUCGACAGAUUCGAUCGAUGCCAUACGAUGAACAAGAACUGAAAGUCCAUGUGAACAGAAAACACGACAUUAUCACUUCUGGAGGAAUUCAAAUACGCGGGUUACAAGCAAGUUCAAUAUCUCGGAGGAAACCACCAGGUGAACCAGUCUUGGAGACCUAUAGUUUCAUUCCUCACAGAGAUUUGGAAUCAAAAAUUUCUCUGAGAGAAGCGAUUCGUUUGGCGGUACAUCUCUCUUUAGAGAAUCACCCCAACAUCAAAGUCAAGACCUUAGAGCUACUGGAGGCAGGAGAGAAAUAUCAUUCUGAAGAGCUUUUCUCUGUUCAUAUAGCAGAAACUCUGGCAGAUCUCCCCAUGAUCCAAUCAGACGUGAAUAUAGUCACAGCAGAGAAUCUCUUUGAGACAGCACUACCCCAAAACAUCAAUAUUAUAGAGGCCAAAAAAUUAACAUCAGAAACCAACGCUCUGCUCUUAGCUGGUCGCGAUCUCCUGCUACCUCAAAAAAAUGCCACUUUGAUUCACUACCUCUCAACCCUAAGAGAUGGUACCUUCAUCCUCGCACUCGAGUCCUCAUCGCCAGAAAACAUCAGGUUAACAUCGAAGAAACACGGUCUGCAUAUGAUUUUCGAAAGAAUCGUUGAUAGGUGCAGGUUCAUUCUCCUUCGGAAAAUCGAUAAAAUCCCCAGGGAUAUUAUCAUCAUUCAGGUUAACAAUGAAGAGUUCUCUUGGCUUGACAAGUUGAAAACAGCCGUGAAGGCAGAAACUGAGCAUGAGAUGUCAGGAUCGUCUAGAAUUCUGCUGGUAGGAGAUAAAACGUUUGAGAAUGGUCUUUUGGGUCUCGUCAACUGUCUUCGAAGGGAGCCUGGUGGAGGACUAGUCCGAGCAGUAUUGAUUCAGGACUCAAAGGCGCCAGGCUUCUCACUCUCAGAGUCUUUGUAUGCUGACCAAAUGAAGCUAGAUCUUGCAGUCAAUGUUCUGAGACCAGGAGACAUUUGGGGAUCAUACAGACAUCUUCCCCUUCUAGCUCCUACACCACGUCUCCUCCACCAUGUAUGGGCGAAUCAGCUCAUAAAAGGUGACCUCAGUUCAUUUCGAUGGAUGGAAGGACCAAUCAGACCAAACUUCGUAGAUUCUGAUCUCAUUAAAGUCGUCUAUUCACCGAUUAACUUUAAGGACGUCAUGAUAGCUACUGGGAAACUGAAUGCUGAUGUUUUUGUGAAGACUAGGAGUGCAGCAGAGUGUCUUCUCGGAUUUGAGUAUGCUGGGAUAACGACUAGUGGUUCCAGGGUCAUGGGUAUCAUUAAUUCUUAUGCUAUGACUAAUCUAUUGAUUCAUGAUCCGAAUCUCACCUGGCCUGUGCCUGAUUCUUGGACUCUGGAGGAGGCAGCCACUGUUCCAUGUGUGUAUGCUACUUGUUGCUAUUCUCUAUUCCUCCGUGGAAAGAUGAAGAAGGGAGAUAGGGUUCUCAUUCAUGCUGGAUCUGGUGGUGUUGGACAAGCAGCUAUUCAUCUUGCAAUUUCUACUGGAUGUGAAAUCUUUACGACUGUUGGUACUGCGGAAAAGCGAACAUUCAUCCGGAAAACCUUCCCCCAGAUUCCUGAAGAUCGCAUUGGUAAUUCUAGAGACACUAGUUUUGAGCAAAUGGUGAUGACUCAAACGAAUGGGGUAGGUGUUGAUAUUGUUCUCAAUUCGCUUGCUGAAGAUAAGCUCCAGGCUUCGGUUAGAUGUCUAGCUGAAGGGGGAAAGUUUUUGGAGAUUGGAAAGUUUGAUAUGGCCAAUAAUACUCCUAUAGGAAUUUCUGCUUUCAUGAAGGGGAUUAGUUUCUAUGGGAUAUUGGUAGACAAGGUAUUUGAGGCUCCUGUAGAGAAGAGGGAAGAACUUCAUCAACUCAUGCAAAAAAUACUGGAUGAGGGUGCCAUUAAACCAUUCAAUGCUACCGUUUUCCCGAGGAAUCAAAUCGAACUUGCUUUUAGGUAUAUGGCUGCUGGGAAACACAUUGGAAAGGUGGUCCUCAAAAUUCAAGAUGAAAUUAAUCUAGGAGAGAAAAUCUCAGCCUUUCCACGAUACUAUUGUCGGAAAGACCAUUCCUAUAUCAUUCUGGGGGGUCUCGGUGGUUUCGGUCUGGAGUUAGCCGAUUGGCUGAUAUUCCGUGGUGCUAAAUACUUGGUCCUAACAUCUCGUUCAGGUAUCAAAAGUGGGUACCAACGAAUACGAAUUAAGCUGUGGAAGAAUUACGGUGUUAAAGUCACUAUUAUCACUGGGAAGGAGGCUUCAAAUAAAAAGGAUUGCGAAGAGAUCCUUUCGAUAGCAUCGAAACAGGCUCCAGUAGAUGCAAUCUAUAAUCUCGCAGUUAUUCUUAAAGAUAGUCUUUUGGAGAAUCAAACAGUAAAUUCAUUUGAAGAGUCCUUCAAGGCCAAGGCUUGGAGUACAAGGAAUCUUGAUCAAUUUUCUAGAAUAUUGUGUCCAGAACUUCGACAUUUUGUCGUCUUCUCUUCAGUAUCCUGUGGGCGUGGGAAUGUAGGGCAAACAAACUAUGGUAUGUCCAACUCAGUUAUGGAGAGAAUCUGUGAGAGACGAGCUGCUGAGGGCCUUCCAGCACUUGCAAUCCAGUGGGGAGCUAUUGGGGACGUCGGUCUCGUUGCAGAUAUGCAGGAUAACGAUAAAGACCUUGUGAUUGGAGGCACCCUUCAGCAGAGGAUAACAUCCUGUCUUCAUGAACUUGAUGGUUUCCUCAAUCAGAGUUCUCCAAUCGUUGCAAGCAUGGUGGUUGCUGAAAAGAGAGCUGGUAAUACUGGUGCUCUUAAUGUCGUUGAUACUGUACUUAAUAUCAUGGGUCUCAAGGACCUGAAGGCGGUUGGCCAUCAUACAUCAUUAGCUGAACUUGGGAUGGACUCUAUGAUGACUGUGGAGAUCAAGCAAACAUUGGAGCGUGAGUUUGAGAUUUUCUUAACUGCGCAGGAUAUUCGUGGCCUGAAUUUUUCCAAAUUGAUAAGCAUGAACUCGAUGGAUAGCGAGCUGAAAAAAGCGACUACGGAAGUGACAGAGGAAAAGACACUCAUGGGGAUGAAGUUCCUUAUUAGACUGCUUGGAGAUGAAGAAGGAAUGAAAGAAACUUGUCUAAAGUUGCCUACGAAACAAGAGAGUGGAGGGCAGAAGGUAUUCUUCAUUCCAGGACUUGAAGGUUGCGGCGCUGUAUUCAUGAAUCUUGCUGGGAACAUUAUGGCUCCUGCUACUUGUUUACAAUUGAAUAAUAUGGGCACAGAGUAUCGUUCAAUUUCAGAUAUGGCAGAACAAUUGUUGCCUUACAUCUUGAAGAAAAACCGAGGGAGAAAACACUUUGUUAUUGUUGGAUACUCGUAUGGAUCACUUGUUGCCAUUGAAUUGAUGAGAAAAUUGGAGGCCAGAAGUUGCUGUGGCAAAAUAAUCCUCAUUGAUGGUGCUCCACUUUACAUGAAAGCCAUCAAAGAUCAGCAAUUACUGGCAGAGAACAGUGAUGCGCUCCAGACAAAUGUUCUCGUCGGCAUGGCUGAUACCGCUCUGCCCGAGGUCAGUAGAGGAUUGUUGAUGGAUCUCAAGAAGUGUAAAUCUUGGGAACAAAAAUUGGAUGUCUUCAUGGCACGUGCACCAGCUGACACUCUGGGAAUUUCAGCUGAGCAACAAAGAAAAAUUUGUACCUGCAUUUAUAAUCGAUUACUGGCACUUGAUAAUUACGAUAUUUCUAGUCUUCCCUGUUUGAGAUCUCCAAUCACUCUUCUGAAACCGACUCAUGAGACUUUGAAGAAUUUACCUGCAGAUUAUGGCCUCAGAAAGGUAACCAGCGGGAAUUUGCAGUGUCACACUCUAGAUGGAAAUCAUGUGACAAUACUUGAUAACCCAGAGGUAACAUCCAUUAUAAAUGAGGAACGAGCUGAGUAUAUAAUGCCAAUCAAAGCUAGCAUCAUUGAAAAUGGAGUGAUCCUCAACCCGGCCUACGAUGCAAAUUGUAACAAAACGGCUAGUUGAAUGAAGUGGAAUAUUCCUUUGAUCUGUAUUAAUUCAUGACAACAUAAAUAUUUUCAGGUUCGUGGCAUGAAAAAUUCAAUAGAAAAACCUAGCGCAUUUACUAGGAAAUUCUAUUGGACUUUUAUAAAAAAAUUCCAUCAAUUUUCUAGAAAAUAUCAAGACAUUGAAAAGACGCAUAAAAAAUUGCGAAGUUUCUCAAAGAACUAGUAGAAAUUCAACAGAAUUUUCCGUACGUGAUAACGUUUUUAGAAUUGAAAAGUAUUCACUAGUGUAAACAUAUUUUACACGAGUAAAUAACUUAGUCAUU